ACUGAAAAAGCAGUAUUUAUAACACUGGAAUUUGUGGAUAAUUUGUUAAAAUGGCAGAAAAUAGUGAAAGUAUUAGCAAAAAUGUAGAUGUAAGGCCCAAAACUAGUCGAAGUAGAAGUGCUGACAGAAAGGACGGUUAUGUGUGGAGUGGAAAGAAAUUAUCUUGGUCAAAAAAGAGUGAAAGUUGUUCAGAUGCGGAAACAGUGAAUGCUGUAGAGAAAACUGAAGUUCCUUUAAGGAGCCAAGAAAGGAAGCACAGCUGUUCAUCCAUCGAGUUGGAUUUAGAUCAUUCCUGUGGGCAUAGAUUUUUAGGCCGAUCUCUUAAACAGAAACUGCAAGAUGCUGUGGGGCAAUGUUUUCCAAUAAAGAAUUGUAGUGGUCGGCACUCUUCGGGGCUUCCAUCUAAAAGGAAAAUUCAUAUCAGUGAACUCAUGUUAGAUAAGUGUCCUUUCCCACCUCGAUCAGAUUUAGCCUUUAGGUGGCAUUUUAUUAAACGACACACUGCUCCUAUAAAUCCCAAAUCCAAUGAAUGGGUAAACACAGACUUGUCUCAGAGUGAAUUGAGGGAUGGUCAGCUAAAACAAAGAAGAAACGUGGAAGAAGAGGUAAACUGCUUCUCACAUAGCAAUGUUCAGCCCUGUGUCAUAACCACCAACAGCGCUUCAUGUAGAGGUGGUCCUGUGACUGGCUCUGUGAUGAACCUGGUUUCAAAUAACAGUAUAGAAGAUAGUGAUAUGGAUUCAGAUGAUGAAAUUAUAACACUUUGCACAAGUUCCAGGAAAAGAAACAAACCCAAAUGGGAAAUGGAUGAAGAAAUCCUGCAGUUGGAAACACCUCCUAAGUACCAUACCCAGAUUGAUUAUGUCCACUGUCUUGUACCAGACCUCCUUCAGAUCAAUAACAAUCCAUGUUACUGGGGAGUUAUGGAUAAAUAUGCAGCUGAAGCUCUACUAGAGGGAAAACCAGAGGGUACCUUUUUACUGCGAGACUCAGCACAGGAAGACUAUUUAUUCUCAGUUAGUUUUAGACGCUAUAGUCGUUCUCUUCAUGCUAGAAUUGAACAGUGGAAUCACAACUUUAGCUUUGAUGCACAUGAUCCUUGUGUCUUCCAUUCUCCUGACAUUACUGGGCUCCUAGAACAUUAUAAGGACCCGAGUGCCUGUAUGUUCUUCGAACCACUUUUAUCCACUCCUUUAAUUCGGACUUUCCCCUUUUCCUUGCAGCAUAUAUGCAGAACAGUUAUUUGUAACUGUACAACUUAUGAUGGCAUUGAUGCCCUUCCAAUUCCUUCUUCUAUGAAAUUAUAUCUGAAGGAAUAUCACUAUAAAUCAAAAGUUAGAGUACUCAGGAUUGAUGCAACAGAACAAUGCUAGGGAAAGUGUGGGAAUAUGGGAAUGAUUAUAUACAUAUUUUCAUUUAAUAUUUUAUUUUUCUUAUGUCACUUUGAAUUUUUCUACAAGGGCAGUUGAAAUAAAUCUCUGCCCUAAAUUUUACUUCCAGAUCAGUUUAUUUUUCUUAUGAUAAACUAAUUGUUUAAAGUUACACACUAGGGGUUAAUGAAUAUUUUUGACCAGGUGUUUGGUUUUUGUUUUUACCAAAUAGAUUGUAUGCUUACUUAAUUUUUUUUCUUAAUUGUAAUUCGCUUACAAUCCAGGGAUAUUUGGAAUUUGGUAGGCGUUGC